AUGGAGAGCCAGGAAGAAAACACAACUGGAAAUGACGAGGAAGAGUUCCAAACACAGAAUGGGGAAAGUGAAGGACAGCAGGAAGAGGGUGAGGAGAUGGUGGCCGACGGAGGCGUGGAGGACUGGAAUGGGUUUAUUUCAGGGGGGGCGACACUGGGUGAAGCUGAGAAUGGGGAAGUGGUGGCUGAAUGGAGACCAGGUGAACCAGUAACCCCGCAGCAUGUCCUGUGGCUGAAUGGGUACACUGAGGAGUACCUGUGUUCACUAGAGGACAACAUCUACAACGUGAACUUCUCUCGCUUCAAGAUCAGGGACCUGAGCAGCGGAGCAGUCAUCCUUGACAUCAAAAAGCACCGUCCAACAGAGAUUCAAGACGUCAUUGAACUCGAUACGAACAGAUUCAUCCAGUACCACUUCUCCCCAGCCUUCCUGGCCCUCAGGGAGAUUGGAGCUACGUUGGAGUUCACAGUGGGCAGCAAGGCACUGAACCGCUUCCGUCUGAUCGAGAGGCAUUUUUUCCGAAACCUCCUGCUUAAAACCUUUGACUUUGAGAUUGGCUUCUGCAUCCCAUACAGCAGGAACACCUGUGAGCACAUCUACUGCUUACCUGACCUGGAGCCAGAGACAGUUGAAGAAAUGAUUGCCAACCCAUUUGAGACGCGCUCGGACAGUUUUUACUUUGUCAACAACAAGCUGAUCAUGCACCAUAAAGCGGAGUACUCCUUCUCCCCUCAAAGAGAAAGUGACACAUUCAGUGAGGAGGGAAACGGGGCUCUGUCGUACCCCUAAUGCUGCUUCAGCUUGUACAAUUAUGACUUUGUUCAUAUUUACCUGAAAGCCAUGGUUUUCUCCAGUGGGGGGGAAAAAAAACUUAACAGUCAAAAGUUAACAUGAAAUUUUUCAUUUCUAAUUUCAAAAUGUCAAAAAUGAAUACUGCUACAGCUUUAUGAUGUGCUCUGUAUACAUGAAUACAUCCUUCUUGCAGAUAAUGGGUAACUUUAGACCCAAAGAAAGAUGGAAAACAUCCUGUGAUCAUGACCCCAGAGGUGUCACAAUCACAUUCAGCCCAGUUUGGGCCACAAAACCCUGUGAAAACAUAACGAAACUGAAAUCAACUCUCUGUGUUGUGGAAAGAUCGGCUUCAUUCUUCUCUGACCAACAUAGCUGCUGGAAAUCCAGGUAUCUAUAUUACAUAUGGUCACCCAUGAUAGAGGCAUAUAUAAUGAUAGAGGCACAAUUAUAUUCACAGCUCUGAACACUUGUUUGAGGACCAGUGUGUAAGAUUUAAUGGCAUCUAGUGGUGAGGCUGCAGAUUGCACCCAUUUGAAUACGUCUCUCCUUACUCCUCCUUUUCCAAGAGUGGAGGAGAACCUACUGUGGCCUUCAGCUAAUGGAAAAACUCUGCAGAGCCAGUGUUCACUCUUCCAUGGAAGAGGACCUGCUCCCUAUGUAGAUACAAAGACCUCAUUCUAAGCUGAAAACACAAUCAUUCUUAGUUUCAGGUGAUUAUACACCAAUAAAAUCCUCAUUAUGAUUAUUAUAUUCCAUUUCUGACAGUAGAAAAAUCCUACACACUGGUCCUUCAGUCCAAGAAUGGAGUUUAUACAUUGAAUAACAUGCUGCUGCUGAAGUUUUCUGACUGUGUGUUUGGCUUUCAUUAGCACGGUCCCUUUAAAAGAGUCUCCUGAUGUCAGCAGAGAACUGGUUUUAGUUGACUCUGUGAAAGUGCUGGUAUAAAUGUAACAUAAUAUCGCAUUAAA